AACAACAACAACAACAACAACAACAACAACAACAACAACAACAACAACAACAACAACAACAACAACAACAGCAACAACAACAACAACAACAACAACAACAACAGCAACAACAACAACAACAACAACAACAACAACAACAACAACAACAACAACAACAACAACAACAACAACAACAACAACAACAACAACAACAACAACAACAACAACAACAACAACAACAACAACAACAACAACAACAACAACAACAACAACAACAAC